AUUCCUCAAUGGCAGCGGCUCCCACACCAUCCUGCAGCACCAGGGUGGGGGCCAGGCCCCAGCCAUCCACUCUCCCUAUGCAGGACGAGCCAUUUUCCAUCCAUCCAAUGGAUCCCUCCUGCUGGAGCAUGUCCAGGAGAGUGACGGUGGCACCUACAGAGUGACAGGAGGCAGGGAGAGCCUGGAAAUCCAGCUGGAAGUGCUCCAGCCUGUGUCCCACCCUCAGCUCUGGACCAGCAGCCUCCUGGCUGGGGCCACUGGCCAGGUUGUCUGUGAGGUGGCAGAGGGCAGAGUGGACUCCAUGACCUGGAAGAAGGAUGGACAGCCCCUUGCCCCAGACAGAGUGUCCCAGGUGUCCAGCAGCAGCAGUGCUCUGUACCUGAGGCCAGCCAAGAGGUCGGACUGUGGCUCCUAUUCCUGCAACGCCAGCAACGGGAUCAGCUGGCAAGAAACCUCCCUGGAGAUCACCAUUGAAGGUCUCACCUCCCACUGCUCCUCCUGCCCUCCACCCUUCCCUGCGGAUGCCUCCGUGGCCCCACCCCAUCCCUCAGCCUCCAUCCCCCGAUUCCCCUCAGGUGCUGCUGCCAGGAGCUGCCCCUCAUGGGAUGAUCAGCAGCAAUUCCCACCCUUUGAUCCCACUAAGGCACAGCCCUUGGCAGCAGACUGGGGAUUCCCUCUUGGGGCAGGUCCAAAACCGUGGCCCUUGGCCAAGGUGAUGCCAGGCAGGACAUGGGCAGGAGGGUGGCUGGGAAGCCCGUGGGGAGCACCCACCCCAGGCUGGACAUGGCAUGGAGUGGAUUUGGCCAGCAGCUGGUAAAUAAAUGGGAUCUGUCCUGGUGAUGGAGGAUCCCUGCGGCCAGCAGAGCCGGUGGGGCUGGUCCUGCUGCUGUCCUGGCUCCUGCCCCUCGGGGUCACUCUUUUCCAGGUCUCUCUGGUGUCUUGAAGCACACCCUGAGGAUGGCGGUGGUCGCUGUGGUCUUCGCUGUUAUCUCGGCGUGGGGGUUAAUUAUUCCUGUCUGCCAGUCCCAAAAACUCAGGAUAAGAGGGGAGCUCUGGAGGUGGCUCAGCUCCUACACCUGUGGGCUGGUGUGCAUCGCCUGCAUCCUGGAUGGCACCGCCGGCGUCCUCUGGAUGUGGGAGGAAGGCCCUUCUGUGGCUGUGAUACUGCCUGAGAUCACCCUGAGCUACCUCACUGUGGUCACCUUCCUGGUUGCCACCACCGUGAUUUUCCAGCCUUCAGAUUUCAGCCAUCUCAAGAGCAAAAAAGCACAGCGCACCAUGGGCUACGCCGCACCAGGGGCCGUGGUGGCCGUGGUGCUGAGCAGCUCCUUCCUCAUCAAGAGCAUCUACCACCGCCACGAAAGAGGAUGCACAGAGUUCAUGGAUGUGACCGUCCUGGUGGCCAGCACGGCGGCCGUGGUGGCCCUGCCCCUCCUUGCCAUCGGCCUCUGCUAUCAAAGGACCCAGGGCUGGCACAAAGACCAUGAUGGCUGUUGGAUGGACAAAGUCAGCUCCUUUGAGAUGUCUCAGCCGGGCACCAAGGACACCAUUCCCAGCUGAGAUCCAUGGGGGAAUCUCUCACCUGGCUAAGCCAGCCCACGCCUUCCCCCAGGUUUAGGGGGUUCAGAGGUUGCAGUUUUGGUUCCUCCAUGAUCCUCAUAAUAAA